ACGAUGGGGCACUAUUCCUCCCCCCCACUGACACCAACGUGGGGCACUAUUCCUCCCCCCACUGACACCAACGAUGGGGCACUAUUCCUCCCCCCACUGACACCAACGAUGGGGCACUAUUUUUCCCCCCACUGACACCAACGAUGGGGCACUAUUCCUCCCCCACUAACGCACUGAUACCCAAUGAUGGGGCACUAUUCCUCCCACUGAUACCAAUGAUGGGGCACUAUUUCCUCCCACUGACACCAAUGAUGGGGCACUAUUCCUCCCACUCAUACCAAUGAUGGGGCACUAUUCCUCCCACU